AUGUACUGCUCGUUGAUGCUGGCUGGAAGUCUGGUCUAUCAAGCUGAUGCCAGUGCUCAUAUGAUGGAGGUGCUUGCUACAAGUGGAGCCAUCGCGAGUGCGUCCGUGGGUGUGUUUUUCGGGGCCAAGCAGCUGUGUGACAGGGUCGUUACCGACAUUGUGUCGUGUCGGAGAGUAGGAGACCCCCAUGAAUUUGUGCGAGUGUCGGUUCUGGGUGUUGGAGUGAAAGAGGUGCUCGAGGUCUCGCCCAAUGAUGUAAAGUUGUUAGGACACGAUGGUAAAGACGUCUACAGUUUUGCCUUAGGCGGCCGACGACUGCAAUUGGAUACGUCAACAGGCGAGUGCUUGAAUCGAAAGGCGCUGGAUAUUCUGAUGCAAGGCAAGCCGCUCGUCUCGAGAAAGAGAAAACAAAGUAAGCAGAGAUCGCACAUAUAG